AUGUUAAAUCAGUACAAAUCAAAAUUGCUAAUAAGCACUUUGUGUGAUACCAAGCCAUUCAACCAAUCUCUUUUUAAGUCUGUACAAUUAGAAAAGGGCAAUCAUCAGAUCGUAAAGUACCUAGAAAUGCCACAGAUGCGUUAUUUGUUUGCUGACAACGUUCUGCGGCUUUACGAACUGAGCAAUGUGCUAAUCAAAGAAUACCAUCUCAAAGAAAAGAUAGUGAACAUAGUUCUUGACGAUACUUGCCACAUACUUUUCCUACUGCUCGAGAAUCGUAUUGUGAAAAUAACCACGGGAGAUUGUACAGAACACCUUUUUACGUUCAAAAUGGGUAGCUCGGUCGAAAUAGUCGAGGGGUACGUUGUAGUAAGGUGUGGAAACAGAGCAACUGUGUUUGAUUUCGAUCUUAACGUGCAGAACAGUAGUAAUCUUGCCAUACAAACGAUACGUAACAACAAUAAUACGUUUAUACGUAUAAAGGCCAAGCAGAUAGACUUUCAAACAGCGCGUAAUCAGAUACUUUCUAUCGAUUUCCUUCAGACCAUAACAUAUGCCAUCUCAAACACUCUUCUUUCCCAUAUUUACGUUGGUGCUGAUGAUGGAACGAUUUUCGUGCAAAGUUUGGAGAAUAGGCCGCACAGAAAGAUAAAAUUUCUUGAAUUUGCGGUGAAAAAGCUGGUGUUGUCAAUUGCCGAGGACAUUUUGAUUGCAUAUGAUAAAGAAUGUCUUGUGGCUAUAUGUACAAAAACAUUCGUACUUUUGGAGAAGUAUGCAGUCAAAGAAAUAACCAACGUAAGUGUUUUAGAUGAUUUCGAUAUUGAGAGGGUUAUUGGUGCUAUUGAUAUCCCCAGCGGGUAUUUGGCCAUUGGUCAGUUGCAAUAAAACACUUGAGUGAGUUCAUGUCUAUUAGUAUUGUUCUCGUUAAAAUCACUACUUUCUCAUAUUAACAUUAAGUAAAGAAUCCAUCUUAAGUAGCA